CUGAUUGGCUGGGGAGGCGGCUCCCCCCGGAAGUGACGCGCGAAGAAACCACGUGUCUCUAGCCACUCCACAUGGCGGCGUUCUUGAGGAGGCUGUGGGCCCGCUCGGCGCCCUUCAGCCACAGCGUGGGACGGCGCGAGGCCAGCCUGGGGACCGCCGUACGCGUGCGCUUCGCCCCCAGCCCCACAGGCUUCUUGCACCUGGGCGGCCUCCGCACUGCCCUCUACAACUACAUCUUUGCCAAGAAGCACCAGGGGAGCUUCAUCCUCAGGCUAGAGGACACAGAUCAGAGCCGCCUUGUGCCUGGGGCUGCAGAGAACAUUGAGGACAUGCUGGAGUGGGCAGGCAUUCCCCCUGAUGAAAGUCCCCGCCGGGGUGGUCCUAUGGGGCCCUACCAGCAGUCACAGCGGCUGGCACUAUACGCCCAGGCUGCGGAAGCAUUGUUAAAGUCUGGAGCUGCCUACCCCUGUUUCUGCUCACCACAGAGGUUGGAGCUCCUGAAGAAGGAGGCCCUGAGGAGCCAUCAGACACCCAGGUAUGACAACCGAUGUCGGAACCUGAGCUCGGCACAGGUGGCCCAGAAACUGGCCAAGAACCCCAAGCCUGCUGUCCGCUUCCGCCUGGAGGAGGCAGUACCAGCCUUCCAGGACCUCAUACAUGGCUGGACUCAGCAUGAAGUAGCCAGUGUAGAGGGGGACCCAGUCAUCCUGAAGAGCGAUGGCUUCCCCACCUAUCACCUGGCCUGCGUGGUGGAUGACCACCACAUGGGCAUCAGCCAUGUGCUGCGGGGCUCAGAAUGGCUCAUCUCUACCUCUAAGCAUCUGCUCCUCUACCAGGCCCUGGGCUGGCAGCCACCUCAAUUUGCUCACCUGCCCCUGCUCCUCAAUAGGGAUGGCAGCAAGCUGUCUAAGAGGCAAGGGGACAUUUUCCUGGAGCACUUUGCUGCCACUGGCUUUCUCCCUGAAGCUUUGCUCGACAUCAUCACCAACUGUGGCUCGGGGUUUGCAGAGAACCAGAUGGGCAGGACUCUGCCGGAGCUGACAAAACAGUUCGACCUGACCCGCAUCGCCUGCCACUCAGCCCUGCUGGACCUAGAGAAGCUUCCAGAAUUCAAUAGCCCCUUCCCCCUCAGGUUGCACCUCCAACGACUGGUGAGCAAUGAGACCCAGAGGCGCCAGCUGGUAGAGAAGCUGCAGGCCUUGGUGAAGAACACCUUCAGGAACCAGCUGCAAGACAAGGGUGUUCUGGACCCAGCCUAUGUGGAGAGGAUCAUCCUGCUGCGACAGGGCCAUGUCUGCCGCCUUGAAGAUCUGGUCUCCCCAAAGUACUCCUACCUGUGGACUCGCCCUGCUGUGGGUCGAGCCCAGCUGGGUGCUGACUCAGAGAAGGUGGAUAUCAUUGCCAAGCAUGUGCUGGGGCUUUUAGAAAGAGCUGGUUCGAGCCUAACUCAGGAUAUGCUGAAUGGAGAACUGAAGAAGCUCUCAGAAGGCCUGGAAGGUACCAAGUACAGCAAUGUGAUGAAGCUCCUUCGAGUGGCCCUCAGUGGACAGCUGCAAGGACCUCCUGUGGCUGAAAUGAUGGUGUCCUUGGGCCCAAAGGAAGUUCGGGAACGAAUCCAGAAGGUGCUUUCUAGCUAGGAAGAAGAUAUUCAUGAUGGUGGAGGUACCCUAGAAGACUCUACACAUGGAAACUGCACUCUGAAGAGAGCAGGAGGCCUGGGGCCCGUCAGGACCCUCGCAAGAUGAACAGGAGUGAAAAUAGACUCUCUGGUGACCGUCAUCAGCUGACCAGGGAAGCCCAGCCCACCUUACCUCCUUGGCUCUGGGAAGGAUGAACUUGAACUCAUAUCUGGAUUUUCAUGCCACAUUACACAGCAGGGAUUAGGGCUGGUUCAUAGAACGCAGAGGGCUCAGGUCUUCGUUUGCUAGGGCUGCCAUACAAAAUACCACAGAACUUGGCAGCUUGAACAACAGAGGUUGCCCCGCUCACUGUUCUAGAGACUAAAAGUCCAAGAUCAACUAUCCGCAGGGUUGGUUUCUUCUGGGGGCCUUUCCUGGCUUGCCAUUCUCUUACUGUGUCCUCUGAGGACCAUUCCUCUGUGCCCACAUGUCCCUUUUUCCUUUCUGUGACUUAUUCUUUUACAAGGACACCAGUUAGGCUAGCCCACAUUCUUUGUUCCUGGGCAUUAGGGUUUCUACAUACACAUAGUAGACAGGGCACAGCUCAGCCACAACAGUUCAGCUCUAGUCUGGACUCAUGCAUCCCAGUUCUCAGGCCCAGUUUGAAGUGAAAACAAUAAUGUACAUAAGUAGGGCCAAGCUAGACAUCAGAUUUUCCUUGCUGAUUGUAAAGGUAAGCUCCUGUGUUUGAUGUCACUCUUGGACUGUGGGACAGCCUGUGUCCCCUUUCUCUGAAGGUGAUUUGCUCUUUAUUUGGCCUUUUUUUUUUUUUUUUUUUUUUUUUUUUGAGACAG